AUCAGAAUAACGCUUGGCUCAUUGUUCUUUUAACAGAAAGUAGCAGCAGAUUAUAUUUUACAAAAUUAUUGCUUCUUCUAUUUGUCAAGUGUUUAUGAUAGGCUGGGUACUGUGGGAAUCAUUUGCAAUCUAUUAGCUCAUCUAACCCCUAGCUCCAGCUUGUGAGUUGGGACUAUAGUUACUCACACGUUGCAGGUGAAUAUCCUGAGAUUUGUUGGGAUAAAGAACUUUCCUGAGGUCACAAUGGUAACAAGAGGCAGAACUGAGAUUUAAACUCAGGCCUGUGGGGGGCACAAAAGCCUGGCUUCUUAACCACAGUGCUUUACAUUGAUUUGAUGCUGGGGGCUCCUCAUCUCUCACCGUGUCUCCUGCCCCUGUUGCAGAUAGGCAGCAGGCUGCACUGGGGAAUUAGUCCCUAUACAAAGCCCGUUCGCAGGAACCAUCCACACAGUGCUAUGCUGUUCAGUUAUCCUGACCCUUUACCAACUUUAGAGUUCCCCCAAAAUGGCAUCUUUGCAAGGCCUCCAUCAGCAGCUGUCCUUCUGCUAUAAAUCAGGCAGUUUGCCGAUCCCAUGCCUGUUCACAAGCUGGCCUACUGAACACAGUUGGCAAAGCAACUGCCUUGCAUACUGGGGCUUGGCUUAGACACAGGAAAGCUUUGGUCUCCUUGUGGCACUGUUGAAUUCUUCAGCACCUGGGUCAGCAAAGACCAAGACAAGAGGCAGCUCUGACUCCUCCUUCCCGAAGGUCUUAUCUGUAGAUCUAAGGACAGAGCAGGUGGCACAGUGGGGUGAGCUGGGAGGUGAUGGUGUUUGACCACAUGGUCUCUGCUCAGACCCACUGACUCUGGAAGACUAAAGCUAGGCUCUUCAUAGUCCUAAGAGUCUCAGUAUCCGAGGGUCUAGAGAAAAUUAUACAAGUAGGUGAGGGUCAUUCCUUCCCUCUCUUUCUCACCAUUAACCUAGUUCUGCCUUCCCACAUUCAUCUAACUCAUUCUUUUAUAGAUCCACUUGUCUUCCCUUUGUCCUUCUGUUCAUCCCUGUAUUCAUCCAUCUCUCCAUCCACCCAGUCAUCUUCCCAUCCCUCAACCAAUUAUAGCCUAGUUCCUUCUUUCUACCAUUCAGGUUCUUUUAUGGAUCUGUUCGCUACUCACCCAUCCAUUUCUCCUAGCAACUGUCUGUCCAUCCAACUAUUAUUUGCAGAAUCAGAAACUGAGACUCAUAGAAGGAGUAAGAUACCACCCAUAUCUUUGAGGAACUCAUAGUCUGGCAGGUGGGAAAAAAAUCACAUGAACACAAAAUACACUAUUAUCUACACACACAAUUUGUGAUGGACACCCAGAGAACAGUGACUCGUGUCUGUUGAGAGAGUGGGAAGGUUUCACAAAGGAGUUAACUGAAAGAAGGUCUUGAACGAUAAUUAGGAGUUUGCCAAGUGAGGGGAGGGGUGAAACACAGGGUUAGGAAAGGAAGAGAGGAAUUCCAGGAAGAGCAAACAUCAGUGAAUUUGGGCCAAGCACACUUUGAGUCCAGGUGAGGUCAAUUUCACUGUGGGGUCUGUGCAUACCGCAAAGACCUGAAGGUGGGCCUAGACGUGACCUGGGGAUCAGAUGAUAAAAGGCCUUGUGUCUAGACAAAGGGAGGCCAGGGAACCCACUAAAGCAGGGACAGACAUAGUGCUUUACAUUUAUGGGCUCACUCCAACAGUGAAAGAGAGGGCAGAGUGGGGAACAGAGGCUGCAGGCUGGCAGAACAGCCAGGAGUCCGUGUGCAGCAAGCAGACAGCAGUAAUGAGGGUGUGCCCAGCCAGGGGACGGGCAGGUGCUAUGAGGAUAGUCAAGGUGGCUUUGGGACACAUGAGGUGAAGAGAAUCAGUAGCUGGGAAAUAGACAAGAGUCUUUGAUCUGGGUUUUGGUUGCAUAGGGAUAUUCUGUUUGUGAAAACUCAGUGCGGUAUAUAUUCAUGGUAUGUGUGCUAUUGUGUAUGUAUGUUAUAUUUUAAUUAAAACAAUAAAAGUAGAAUAGGAAACAUCAGGAGACAUAUUAAAGUUUCUCAUCUGGGUCUCAUCCAGGACACGGAAGUGGGCUGACUGAUUUUUUCUUGUAAAUUGAGAGCUCUCCCCUAGUUUGGAAGGAGGAAGAGGAGGAAGAAGCUUUAACUUUUGAGCCAGGCCUUGCAAAAUGGGUGAACCUGGCUUAUACUUCUUAUAGUUACUGCCACAUAUUAAGCUCCUGUAUUUUGUGGAUUCUAAGGCACGCUUUUUUAAAAUAACAUUUUAAUGUCUCUGAAACCAGGAUGCAUUUUACAAAAAGUGAUGUCAUAGAUAAUUUAAUUAAUUGGUAGUGUUUUCUGUUUCUUAGAAGUGUUUAAAAUUGCGGUGUCAUUAUGAUCCAUGGAGACGUCCAUUCAAGAGCCAUGAUAUCAUGUGCCAGGCUCUCUGCUAAGUUCUGCACACACAUUUCUCACUGGGUCUCACACUAGCCUGCGAGUCAUCAGCUGUCGUUAGCCCUGUGUCAUAGAUGAGGAGGCCAGGCAUGAUGUAGAGUGUAUCUGAAAGCUGCUGUCAGGAGGACACUGUAGGAGAAUAUUGGCAUCCCUGGGCCCAAAGGGAAAGACACCUGUGGAAAGAGGUGAGCAUCUCCCAGACAGCCUCAAGCUUCAGGUGAGCUGAGCUUCUAACACUGCUACAAAGCAACUGGAACCCCUUGAAUUUGAUUUCUGGAGACGCAGGCAUAAUCCUUUUGCAGACGUCUCAACGCUGGCUCUCCAGGUGGAACAUCAUGGAAGGCGACUGUCUGAGCUGCAUGAAGUAUCUGAUGUUUGUUUUCAAUUUCUUCAUAUUUCUGGGCGGGGCCUGCCUGCUGGCGAUCGGCAUCUGGGUCAUGGUGGACCCCACCGGCUUCCGGGAGAUCGUGGCUGCCAACCCCCUGCUCCUCACGGGCGCCUACAUCCUCCUGGCCAUGGGGGGCCUGCUCUUUCUGCUCGGCUUCCUGGGCUGCUGCGGGGCCGUCCGUGAGAACAAGUGUCUGCUGCUAUUUGUGAGUACCCCAGUCACCACCCCACCCAUGGGUGCAAUGCGGGGUGUCGGGGAUCGGCUGCAGACUCCCAGGCCCUGGCUGGCUUCCAUUCAGACCAGUGCUUCCCAAACUGGGGGCUGUCAAAGCAGAAGGGAUCAUGGAGACGACCUGACCCUACUCAUUCCGGAGUCAGUGGUCCUGAAGCCCAUCAUUGUGCUGGUGGGGACUGUUUCCAUCUGGGUAUAUCCUGUUUGCCCCAUGGGGCUCCAGGACGGGCUUUUGGGGGCCUUCCCCGCUCAGCUUCUGGUCAACUUCCAGGCAGAGCUCUGGGGCCACCUGCCAGGAACCCUAUCCACAUGCUGGACUCUGGCAGCAGGACUCUCCCCACUGGCCACAGCCUCACCUCCUGUCCCUCCCUCCCAGGGCUGUUAUACGGUGAUCCUCAACACCUUCGAAACGUACGUCUACCUGGCCGGAGCGCUUGCCAUCGGGGUACUGGCCAUCGAGCUUUUUGCCAUGAUCUUCGCCAUGUGCCUCUUCCGGGGCAUCCAGUAGAGGGUGUGGCCUGAAGCUUGAAGACUCACCCUGCCCACCACUGCCCAGCACCCGAUGCCCUCCCCUGCCCCUCUCUGCUGUCUUCUUGGCCCCAGAGGAGAAGAUGAGGCCAUCAUAGAUGGUCAGGAGAAGGGGCCAGGGGAAUAAAGCUAUUUUUUUAACAAAACAAAAUGAAUACAAAAAUAUGGACUGAGGUAUCCUCACCUGGAGUCGGGGCAGAUGCUGUGGACUCUCCGCAGAGACCCCAGCGCCUGGCCCAGGAUGGAGGCUGCUCUAGAGACCAAAGGAACACCAGGCCCCGUGCCCUCCUUGGUCCAGCCGGACCCUGGCCCCUCCCUCCUCACUGCUCCAGGACCUGAUGCCAAGGAAGUGAGGAUUUAGGCAACAAGGAAGGAGGCAAAAGCCAAUCUCCGAGAGGUCAUCAAAGCCCAGGGGGCCCCACGGAGACUCAGCUGCCAUGGAUUGUCCCCGCUUCAGGUCAAGGCCAAGAGUAAGCUGCUGACACAACAUUCAAGAAUGGCCCAGCUGGCAGGAUGUCUGCUUUCCCCUCUGUUGGACUAAAAAAUCUCAAAGGCCCAGAGAGGGGCAGUGACCCAUCCACAGACACAGCACAGGCGUGUGACGGUUCUGAAAAGCAGCUGAGAUGUCUCCAGGCUGCUGUCACGGCAUCCAGGACUGUCAGUUCUGCUGUACACAUGCAUGCCUGGCCUCAGCAUCCCGGUUCCCCCAGACAAGAGAGGGCAAGCUGGCCAGAACUGCCUCCUCCCUUCUCUACAGCUAAGAAAACUCCGCUCCUUGACGUCCCACUGCACCCUGCCUCCCACCUCCCCACAGCUCUAAAUCCCCAGGAACACACACAAGGGUGCACAUCACACCCCCUUGUCCACACUGCCCACCUCUCCCCACAGGGAAGGCCACCCCCUUCCCUGCCCUUCCCCAACUCCCCAGCUCCCAGAGUGGAAGAAAUUCCCAAGGCCAUCUGGGUCUCCCUCUCCCCAUCCAGAAAUGAGGCUUGGAGAUCCUUCUUCAAGGUCCUGGCCAAGACUUCUUCACCCCCUCGCAUACCUCUAGGACAGAGCUUCCUACCUCCCAAGGCAGCCUCCUGCCUUUGGACUACUCUGACUUGAGCAUCAACUUAAUAUACAGAAGAGAUUUCUGUUUUUGUGUGCUCCAUCCACGGCAUCCCACUUGCCUGCUCUCCUUCCUGGAGUGUUAAGGUCACACGUUGACUCCCCUGAGCCCUCUUCUCUCCAGGCUAAAGGCAUCGAGGCCAUUUCUGCUGCAACAGGCUUCCUGUCUCCUCACUGUCCACACAAUUCUUAGUAUUCCCUCCAGGCCUGGGCAGGGAGGCUCACAGAUGCACACCCACAAGUAUUCAGGCCUCAAAUUCUAGACAAGUGUUGGCACCUGGAUUGCAAGAUGCCCCUAUCCUGAUAGAUCAGGGGUGGCUGCUGGAGGCUGUCCUGGUAUCCGAGGCUUGGUCUGGGCUCAGUGGGAGACCGUGGUACAAUCCUGAUGAGUGAUAUCUGCCAGGCACGGCAAGUUUGAUUAGUGAUGUCUGCCACGGGCAGGGAUAGAAGGAGCAGUGUGAGGUCUGCUCUCUUCUCUCCCCUCUGUCCCUCUUCAGGAAGAGCUCAUUCUGUCUCACAAGCCACCAGCACCCUGUACCAGUUUCCAGCCUCCCCUUGGGCUUUCCAGCCACCAGGGACACACGGAGCCACAGCCUAGAGUCCAGUGUUCCCCAGCCUGUACCACCUGGCCCCUUUUGAGAUGCAGCCAGAAGCUCUGUGCCUGCUGCAGAUUCAGGCGGACCGUCCUCCCAUCUCCUCCUGCUAUGCCCACCAG